CAACCAACACUAACAAAAAAAAAGCCUGAAAAUACACCUUAUACCGCAAACAAAACCAUACAAACCGAACCCAAAGAAAAUCCAAUAAACAUUUUCAACCCACGCCCCAAAACCCAGCCACCAGGCGAAAGAUAAACCCAAGCUUAAAACAGGAAAAUUAAAUUCAGCACACACGAGCCACGUCACAUCACACAUAAGAUAACGCAACAAUACCCCCAAUUCACACCAACAUGACCACCACCACAGGCAUAGGACUUCAGGAGGUCCGGGCAGCCUACCACAGGAUUCAAGGGUGGAUACAUAGGACCCCGGUGUUCACAAAUGAAGGACUGAACAAGCUCUCGGGCAGAAAGUUGUUCUUCAAGGCGGAAAAUUUGCAAAAGACCGGCGCCUUCAAAGCACGUGGAGCGUGCAAUGCUGUGUUCCUCGAAAAGGAGAGAAAUCCCAAGAGCCCCGGGGUCGUCACACACAGUAGUGGGAAUCAUGGUCAAGCUGUGGCAUAUGCCGCGAAAUGUGCUGGCCUUCCCUGCAGUGUAGUUGUACCCAAAGGAACGCCAAAAGUUAAAUGUGAUGCUAUUGUUAAUUACGGUGCUGAGCUCGUGUUCUGUGAGCCCUCUCCUGCUGCAAGGAAAGAGGUCUGUGCCAAGAUUGCAGAAGCGACAGGGAAGGCAAUCAUCCAUCCCUUUGACAAUUACAAUGUCAUGGCUGGACAAGGGACAAUUGCACUGGAACUUCUGGAGGAGGUGCCUGAUUUGGAUGCUAUAUUAGUACCAAUAAGUGGAGGAGGAAUGACAUCUGGCAUUGCAGUUGCGACACAUGGCCUAAACCCCAGUUGCAGAGUGUUUGCUGUUGAGCCGGUAGGAAAGGACCUUCAAAGGAGUCUUGAGAGCAAAGAACGUUUAUGGCCCAAUCCAAACAGGUUCCUGGAUACAAUAGCAGAUUCUGUUAGGAUUCAGCAGGUUGGAGAUCUGACAUUCCCAAUUCUGUGUGAUUAUGCUGAGUCGAAGGUUUUUAGUGUCACGGAUGACCAGAUGAUCGAGGGCAUGAGGUUCAUCUUUGAGCGCAUGAAGCUUGUUGUAGAAGCAGCAUCAGGGGCAGCUGUCUAUGCUGCCAUGAAUUCCCUCGAAGAUGUCACUCCACCUCCAAGGAAGGUCGGAGUCAUCCUCUGUGGCGGAAAUGUCGAUCUUGAUCAUUUACCGUGGAUUGAUCGGAAGACAUCAUAUUGAAGUUCAGUCGAUGAGGAGCAUCAUGUAGAGAGGGAAAGGAAAAGAAUGUUUAAGUCCACAACAAAUGACAUGUGAUUAUCUUUUCAAUAUUGCACCCUCAGAAUCAGUUACUUCUGAAAUCAAUACAUUCGUUAUAAAAUCUUGCAAUGUGGAAUUAUUCAUUUGUAUUCAUACAUUUUUUACAUUUGUCCCAGUGAGUUAUAUUGACUAGCAUAGCAUGCUCAUUAUAGAUUUUUACUAUUUUCUCUUAUGUCAUAUAUUGCAGUAGUAACAUGUUUUUUUCUUUUCUUUUCUUUUUAACCUCUGGGUAUAUUGGCAUUCUUAGUUAAAAGAAAGUUUUGUGAUGUUUGAUGGGAAAAGAAAUAAAGGGGACUGGAAUACGGGAUAUUUUAAGUAUAUAUACGUGCUGUAUGUGUGUGUGUGAAUUUAUCCCAAAUAUAUAUAUAGAUGUGUAUAUACAAUGCACUUUUCUGUAACACUAUAUGAUGUAUACUUUAUAAAGAUAUUGAAUAGAAUAGUAAAGAAUUAUGAAAUUAUAGUAAUUAUAUCUUUUCUAUUGCUAUGUUUUGUAUAUAUUGAGAUAUACAAGUAAAAAAAAAGAUUAUAUAUUUUAAGGCUUAUAAAGUCAUAAACAAGUAGAAAUAAAACAGCUAUAAAG